UAAGCCCUACCGGAUUAGAGUUGGCUGAGGACCAAGAAGGCAAGGGCCAAGAAGUAGGGACGUCUUCCCUUCCAAGUUCCAAGCUUCCAGCGGACGAGUGGUAUAUAGGGUUCUUGUUUGAAAUCCCCGCCGAGCCAUGCAUCCUCUCUGAUACGCUUCUCUGCAAUGGCGCUGGAAGAGGAAAAAGCGGACACUCCAUUACUUCCCAAGGCGGUUCCGACUCCUAAGAACAAUGACCCUCCCAUCGUCUCUCAGGCAAGUUCAUCUCAUCCUUCGCACCAGGACACAUCUCCCCCUAAAAAGAUUCAAAGUGCCAGAGAGUUAAUCCUCUCUACUGCUCGUAAGCUAUCUGCUCAACAUCUCCAGAAUUCUGAUCCUGGUGUUUGGGGCGUUCUCACUGCCAUAUCCAAAAAUGCUCGUAAGAGACCGCAGGGCAUAAAUAUUCUUUUGACUGCUGAGAAGCACUACAUUGGCCGGUUAGUAGAGGACAAGCGCUUCCAGAUUGAAUCACAUGCUAUAAGCGCAAAUCAUUGCAAAAUUUAUAGAAAGAGACUUGCUACUGAAGAUGCGGAGCAGCCAUCAUGCUUCAACUGUGCUGUCUUUUUGAAAGAUUCCAGCACCAACGGAACAUAUCUUAACUGGGAAAAGCUGAAGAAAAAUAGUCCUGAAGCUAAGCUUCAGCAUGGAGAUAUUAUCUCUUUUGCUGCACCUCCUCAGCAUGAACUUGCUUUUUCAUUUGUAUAUCGAGAAUGUUCCAAGGCGGAUACUUUGGUGGAUGGUGCAGUUUUGAAAAGAAAAACUGAAGAGGAAUUUGGUUCCGAAAGCAAAAGGCUAAAAGGUAUUGGCAUUGGUGCACCUGAGGGUCCAAUUUCGCUUGAUGAUGUUCGAAGCCUUCAACGAUCAAACACGGAGCUGAGGAAGCAAUUGGAAUCUCAUGUCCUCACCAUUGAAACAUUGCAGAAAGAACAUCGAGUGGCUCUUGUUCGUUAUGAAAACGAGAUGAAGGAGCUGAAAGAAUCUGUAUCACAACCAUACCUUGAUAAAAUUAAAGAGCUACAUCAUACCUUGGAGGUUAAAAAUAAGGAACUAGAUGGGGUCAAUUCACUUUUGGCUGAACGACAACAUGCUGUUGAGGACCUUGAACAAAGACUUAGAGCAUCUAUGCAGUCACGCAAUGAUGCAGAUGCAGUAAUCAAUAAUCAGAAGGCAUCUAUAUGUGAACUUGAGGCACAGUUAGAUGAAGAGCGAAACCAGAGAAGGGAAGAACGAGAAAAGUCUGAGGCAGAUCUAAAAGCUGCACUGCAGAGAGUCCAAGCAGAGGGUCAGGAGGAGUUAAAACGGCAAUCUGAAGUUGCAUCAAAACAACAAAGAGAGCUGCAAGAAGCUAUUAAUAAGCUUCAGGAAUCAGACAAAGAAAAAAGUCUACUUAUAGAAGCUUCAAGAUCCAAACUGGAAGGAUUCAGGGAAAGCUUGGUUAUAUCUGAGAAGAAAGUGCGCCAGCUAGAAGCCCAAGUUAAGGAAGAGCAGAAAGCCUCAGCAGAAAGCAGAAAAAAAGUGGAAAAGCUGGAACAUGACGUUAAAAGAUCGAGGAAGGAACUUGAAAGUGAAAAGCAGGUAGCUCGAGAAGAAGCAUGGGCAAAAGUUUCUGCUCUUGAACUUGAAAUGGCUGAUGCACUUCGUGACCUCUCAAUUGAGAAACAGAGGUUUCAAGGUGCCAGGGAAAGAGUUAUUCUCCGGGAAACACAGCUACGGGCAUUUUACUCCACCACUGAGGAGAUUUCUGUUCUGUUUGCAAAGCAGCAGGAGCAGCUGAAGGCCAUGCAGAGAACUCUGGAGGAUGAGGAUAACUAUGAGAACACAUAUGUCGAUAUUGAACUCAAUGGAACAAAAGGGAACACAAGUGGAACUGUAGUAAGAGAGAAAGAAACAACAGCAGCUCACCGAAGCAACAGCCAUGGAAAAGAAGGCUCCAUGUCCUCAAGUCCAAGGGUUGUAAGAAUCCAGGUUGAGAGCACGAGUGAUGAAGCUAGUGUUACUGAGAAGCAUGAUUGUGAUAUCAGAAGCCAAGAACAACAUACCCAAGAUGCGGAAUGCAUGAGUGCUGACCGCUCUGUUAAAGGGGGCUUUGGUUCUGAGAUUGAGGGGAUUGACACGGUACCAGUGCUGGAUGGAGAUCCUAUUGAAACUGAGAGAGUGCUCGAGACUGAAAGCCCUGCCAUUGAUGUGAACUUUAGUGAGAGAAAUUUUGAUCUAAAGAAAUGCUGCUAUUUAGAUCAGGAGGACAAGAUGCAGCUUGACAAUGAUACCCAGGUUCAAGAAAAUGAAGAAGAGAUUCUCAAGGUUCACGAGGAAAAUGCAAAUUGCUCGCAAUCCAAUAACCCACGUGAGGUCCUGAGAUCCAUGGAAGAUACAGAAGCCGGUGGCACAAUCAGAACAGCUGAUCUUUUGACUUCUGAAGUUGCUGGGAGUUGGGCAUUCAGUACAGCUCCUUCCGUCCAUGGUGAGAAUCAAUCCCCUCAUAGUGAAGAUUGUGGCAGUGCAAGAAGUGAUGGAGAAUGUGCUGCUGCUCUACACUGCUCCGAUGGCCAGGUUGCUGGGAGCCAGGUUGUGGCAUCUUCUACUGCUACUGCAGCCACCAAGUCAAAUGCGGAACGCCAAAAACUUAAUGAGAUGAUUAAAAUUGUUGCUCCCGAUUGUGAGGUGCAAUUCGCGGGUAGCGGUUAUGGAGAGAGAGACAAUAAGGUUUCUAAUUCUAAUUCAGAUUCAGAUACCAAGGAGGGAAGCCACCAUGAUAGUGAUACUGAUGAUGAAUCCAUAUCAGCAACUGAUGAUACAAAGGUGGGUACAGACCAAGAGGGGCGGGAUAGUGAAGUUGAACCAAUGGACGAAUCUGAUGAUGCUACUCAAGAUGAUUCUGUUGGAUAGUAUCUGGGGUUGUGUUUAGAAAGUCAAUUGGUUGCCGAGGAAUGUGCAGGGAAAUUUCCUUUUUUUUUUUUGAUUGGGGCAAAGGGGAAUGGAGCUGUAAAUAUGUGACGUUUCUAUUGAAAUCCAUUUCUCUUUGUACCAUUCUAUUUAUUUGGCUUAUUCCGUUUUCCAUGCCCAUGUAAUUUAAGUCCAGUCAUCUAGAUGGAUCAUGGAUCAUGGAUAGGAUGUUGCUAUCCAUGUCCAUCAUGCCCAUGUUGAUGGUGUCCAAUCCUGUUGAGAUGGGCCAGCUAUUAGAGGGUAUGAUUGUAUGUAUCUUCGCUUGACAAUCAUUUAGAAUGGAACAUAUGAAUGGGCUCUCACUAGAGUUGUUACUACUCGAGCAGAGGUGGACAUGGAGGAAAAAAG